AAUGCGCCUUUUACGUUGGUUUCCCAGACCGCCAAAAACACCAGAAGAAGAAAGAAGAGGCGAGCUCAGAACUGCUGUUUCAAAACAAAAGAUUUGCCAAGUUUUUGAAGCAUUACAGAUCUGAUUUUUAAAGCAAUCAGUAUUUACAUUUUCAAGACAUGCAUUCAGAGGACCAGGAAGAACAUAAAUCUGUAAAGAUAGAGUUUAUUGAAGAUUACAGUGAGAUCAAAAGUGAUCCAGACCCCUUCAGAGUGAAGCAUGAAGAUACGGAAAAACCAAUAGACUUGAUGGAGGAGAAUGAGGAGAGCAAAGAACUGAAUGAAGCGGAGGAGAAACAUCAUGUCAAAACUGAAGAUGAAUCUUACUCACUGCAAACAAGAGGCACAAAAUAUUUUAGCUGCCCUCAAUGUGAAAAGAGUUUCUUAUCCAAACAAGCUAUUAAGUAUCACAUGAGAAUUCAUACUGGAGAGAAACCGUACGCAUGUGAUGAAUGUGGGAAGAGUUUUAGACAAGCAGAAGCUCUUAAAUUACACCAGAAAAUACACAGCGGUGUGAAGGAGCAUAUGUGCUUUGAUUGUGGGAAGUCUUAUGCUACCGUUACCGUAUUGAAACUGCACCAGAGAAUUCACACUGGAGAAAAGCCUUACAAGUGUUCACACUGUGAAAAGAGAUUUAGUCAAUCAGGACAACUAAAAGCACAUGAGAGGGUCCACACUGGAGAAAAACCGUACGCAUGUGAUCAAUGUGGGAGGAGUUUUACACAAGCAUACGGUCUUAAAGUACAUCUGCAUUCUCAUUCAGAUAAAAAAGGAUUUAACUGUGAUCAGUGUGGUAAAAAAUUUGCUAGGGCAUCAUACUUGAAGAAGCACCUGAAAAUUCAUUCAGAAGAGAAGCCUCACCUGUGUACUUUGUGUGGAAAGAGUUUUUUAUGGCUGAAUGAUUUAAAAUUACACCAGAAAAGACACAGCGGUGUGAAGAAUCAUGAGUGCUUUAAGUGUGAGACGACCUUUAGUACAGAUUAUCAACUGAAACAGCACCAGAUAAUUCACACUGGUGAAAAACCUUAAACUGGUGAACAAACUGUGUUAGUGGUUACACUGUGACGAGAUUAAAUUAGCCGGAAUCAUUUUUUUGCCUACUGAGUCUGCUUGUAGUAAAAAUUAUUUCAUGAUUUAUUGUUAUAUCUGAGCAGUGAUUAUAUCUGUAUUAUUAUUUUUUUGGGGAGGUUUCAACCUUUUAAUGCCUAAUAAAUUCUCUUUUACCCCAAACAUGACUGAGAAUGAAUAAGAUGUCUGGGUCUGUAGUAUUAUUGUCUGUCUUCAUAAUUAACUGUCCCUCAAAAAAGGGAAUUGGACUUCCAGGGUCCCAGAAUCCUUUGAAACUUGCUGAUUCAUUGAAGGCCAAGUUGGGUGGUAAUUGAACAUGCAAAACAGAAUGAAUGUAAAAUGACAUAUUAAAGACGUUUAUCAGAUGUUCCAGAUCAAGCAGUCUUUAAAAGACAGAUGUAUGUGUGCUAUCUGGGAUAAUAAAGUCAGAAAAGAGACUUGAAAAUGUAGGAGAUUUUAAUGAUAAGGUGCUUUUUUGACUGAUUUUAAUGGUACUGUAUUUUGAAGAAGUAAUGUGUAGUCUGUUAA